AUGAAUAGAGUGAUAGAGUGGCUGAAUAGAGUGAUAGAGUGGCUGAAUAGAGUGAUAGAGUGGCAGAAUAGAGUUAUAGAGUGGCUGAAUAGAGUGAUAGAGUGGCAGAAUAGAGUGAUAGAGUGGCUGAAUAGAGUGAUAGAGUGGCAUAAUAGAUGAUAGAGUGGCUGAAUAGAGUGAUAGAGUGGCAGAAUAGAGUUGAUAGAGUGCUGAAUAGAGUGAUAGAGUGGCAAGGAAUAGAGUGGCUGAAUAGAGUGAUAGAGUGGCUGAAUAGAGUGAUAGAGUGGCAGAAUAGAGUGAUAGAGUGGCAGAAUAGAGUGAUAGAGUGGCAGAAUAGAGUGAUAGAGUGGCUGAAUAGAGUGAUAGAGUGGCUGAAUAGAGUGAUAGAGUGGCAUAAUAGAGUGAUAGAGUGGCUGAAUAGAGUGAUAGAGUUGCAGAAUAGAGUGGCAGAAUAGAGUGAUAGAGUGGCAGAAUAGAGUGGCUGAAUAGAGUGAUAGAGUUGGCAGAAUAGAGUGAUAGAGUGGCUGAAUAGAGUGAUAGAGUGGCUGAAUAGAGUGGCAGAAUAGAGUGAUAGAGUUGCAGAAUAGAGUGAUAGAGUGGCAGAAUAGAGUGAUAGUUGCUGAAUAGAGUGAUAGAGUGGCAGAAUAGAGUGAUAGAGUGGCUGAAUAGAGUGAUAGAGUGGCUGAAUAGAGUGGCAGAAUAGAGUGAUAGAGUGGCAGAAUAGAGUGAUAGAGUGGCAGAAUAGAGUGAUAGAGUGGCAGAAUAGAGUGAUAGAGUGGCAGAAUAGAGUGAUAGAGUGGCAGAAUAGAGUGGCAGAAUAGAGUGAUAGAGUGGCUGAAUAGAGUGAUAGAGUGGCUGAAUAGAGUGGCAGAAUAGAGUGAUAGAGUGGCAGAAUAGAGUGAUAGAGUGGCAGAAUAGAGUGAUAGAGUGGCAGAAUAGAGUGAUAGAGUGGCAGAAUAGAGUGAUAGAGUGGCAGAAUAGAGUGGCAGAAUAGAGUGAUAGAGUGGCUGAAUAGAGUGAUAGAGUGGCUGAAUAGAGUGAUAGAGUGGCUGAAUAGAGUGAUAGAGUGGCUGAAUAGAGUGAUAGAGUGGCAGAAUAGAGUGGCAGAAUAGGGUGAUAGAGUGGCUGAAUAGAGUGAUAGAGUGGCUGAAUAGAGUGAUAGAGUGGCUGAAUAGAGUGAUAGAGUUGCAGAAUAGCGUGGCAGAAUAGAGUGAUAGAGUGGCAGAAUAGAGUGAUAGAGUGGCAGAAUAAAGUGAUAGAGUGACUGAAUAGAGUGAUAGAUUGGCUGAAUAGAGUGAUAGAGUUGCAGAAUAGAGUGAUAGAGUGGCAGAAUAGAGUGAUAGAAUUGCAGAAUAGAGUGGCAGAAUAGAGUGAUAGAGUGGCAGAAUAGAGUGAUAGAGUGGCUGAAUAGAGUGAUAGAGUGGCAGAAUAGAGUGGCAGAAUAGAUUGGCUGAAUAGAGUGAUAGAGUGGCUGAAUAGAGUGAUAGAGUGGCUGAAUAGAGUGACAGAAUAGAGUGAUAGAGUGGCAGAAUAGAGUGAUAGAGUGGCUGAAUAGAGUGAUAGAGUGGCAGAAUAGAGUGAUAGAGUGGCUGAAUAGAGUGAUAGAGUGGCAGAAUAGAGUGGCAGAAUAGAUUGGCAGAAUAUAGUGAUAGAGUGGCUGAAUAGAGUGAUAGAGUGGCUGAAUAGAGUGAUAGAGUGGCAGAAUAGAGUGAUAGAGUGGCUGAAUAGAGUGAUAGAGUGGCAGAAUAGAGUGAUAGAGUGGCUGAAUAGAGUGAUAGAGUGGCUGAAUAGAGUGAUAGAGUGGCAGAAUAGAGUGAUAGAGUGGCAGAAUAGAGUGAUAGAGUGGCAGAAUAGAGUGAUAGAGUGGCUGAAUAGAGUGAUAGAGUUGCAGAAUAGAGUGGCAGAAUAGAGUGAUAGAGUGGCAGAAUAGAGUGAUAGAGUGGCAUAAUAGAGUGAUAGAGUGGCUGAAUAGAGUGAUAGAGUGGCAUAAUAGAGUGAUAGAGUGGCUGAAUAGAGUGAUAGAGUGGCAGAAUAGAGUGGCAGAACAGAGUGAUAGAGUGGCUGAAUAGAGUGAUAGAGUGGCAUAAUAGAGUGAUAGAGUGGCUGAAUAGAGUGAUAGAGUGGCAGAAUAGAGUGGCAGAAUAGAGUGAUAGAGUUGCAGAAUAGAGUGAUAGAGUGGCAGAAUAGAGUGAUAGAGUGGCUGAAUAGAGUGAUAGAGUGGCUGAAUAGAGUGAUAGAGUGGCAGAAUAGAGUGAUAGAGUGGCUGAAUAGAGUGAUAGAGUGGCAGAAUAGAGUGAUAGAAUUGCAGAAUAGAGUGGCAGAAUAG